GGGAAACAAUUCUGGUUUAAGUAGCGGAGGGAUUUUCGAAAUAUUUCAGCAUUACCUACGGUAUUUCGUGUAAUGCCACGGAAACAUUCAGACAUCUCGUAGAGGUUUAGUGGGUGAAUAUACCCGCUUUAGUUCAAAUAGUCAGGCUCUGAUUUUAAUGGCAAAUUUGGUGCCGACCGACGACCAUUACCACAUUUGGCUAGGUAGCUAACACGGAACGGUUAAAUCUGAUUUGUUCGGCUUUUAAUGUAACAACGCAAACAUUAAAGCUUAUACGUAGUCAAGUGCAUAUUUAACGAUUAUAUGUUUUAUUAGUUCGUCUUCCCAAUAUUUUCUGAAAGUGUCAUUCCGAGAAGGAGAUGUUUGAAGAUGGAGCUGAAGUUGGAGGUUGUUUUGUCAUCUAGCAUCAAACGGAAGAAACCAUGGCCGCGAUUCUGCUGGCUUGGGCAGGAAAAGGAGUCUGUUUUUCUGUUAGAUGACAAACGGAUUAGUGAGAUCAACAUGGUGUCAGGUCGCACCAAGAAACGGACGCCUAAACUCCAUUCUUUGCUUAGCAGUGUGGUGAAAAUGGCUUCAUCUCACAAUGGGAUGUGGCUGUGUGGACUUUUGGUGUCAGGAGAAUUAUUUUUGUGGAACAGGGAUAAAGAUUUACUAAAAACUGCAACAGGAGUGGACGAAAUAGCUCAUAUGAUCAACUCUGCUCAAGGAGAUUCUCUAAAGUUGUGUCUUCAGGUUUCAUGUGAUGGGAUGAGGGUGCUUCUGGCUGCCAUAUCUGGGCAGGUGUUCCUGUGGGAGUGCACAGAGGGGAGGUAUUUUCUUCCAGGCCUGCGAGACGGCCCUGUCAAAGGACGGUGGGCUCAUUUGCUGCCGCUCAAAGAGACCAUUUUGCCUUCUACAAAAGAUAAAGAAGCAUCCCAGCACACCAUCUUUGUAAACACAGAGGUUAUGGCUGACAUUUGCUUAUCAGCAUUUGUUUUCACCUCUGGGAAGCAGCUUGUUGUCACCAUUCUAAAAAUUCAGUGGAGCCAAGGCAGUGUGAGGAUUGGUUCAGUUGGUUACAAUAUACAAUGGUCUACCAAAAAAUACCCCAUGUCUCACCUGUGCCCACCAUGCCAGCCAGUAAAGUCCAGAGGGGCCUUGUUGCCAGCGUUCUCUCCAGAUGGACGCCUGUUAGCCAUCGUGCUGAACCAGAGGAAACCAAAGGACACACAGGUCCUUUUUGUGAGCACACAGAAUUUUGUUUCAGUAUCAAGCGACCUAGGAGGAUGUGGAAGCAAGAAAAUGGACAUCCCUUCAAAAUAUGUCAGGUCCUACUGGGUCGGCAGUGUUAGCUGGUCAGCUGAAGGCCUGUUCUUUGCCUGCGUCUUAAAGAGGGGCUCCCUCUUGAUGUUGGCUCGCCUCGGUGGGCUUCUCACCCUGACGAGCUCUGGCUGCAAUGUUGACUUUGGUCCUGCGCAAUUCCUGCCCCUGCAUCCGCUGGUCACUUACAGACCCUCGCUGUCUGCAGAGAAUGGAGAAAUUUGCAGCUCGAGCCUGUCUGUACGUGAUCUCCUGAGGCAGCGGUUUUCAGUCACCUGGCAUCCGCGACUUCUAUAUCUCAUUGUGUCCGACGGCUACAUGGCCACAGUUAUGAAGGUGCAGGACAGACAUUCGCCGGCCCUGUUCCUGAAGGCACUGCUAAACGAAACCUGCAAGGAUCUUGAGAAAGCCAGCUGCCAACUAGAAAAAUCCCAGGUCCAUGUGAAGGCUUGGCUGGAGUCCAUGUCUUGGUUUAAUUCAGACAGCAGCCUUGAGGAGCUCAGUGCCACUGUUACAUGUCGACCUAAAGGGUCAGAAUCCACCAAUCCAGCAGCGAAAGAUCCAACCAGGCUGCCGCUUUUCCUGCAGGACCAGCAGACACUGGGUGGCACCAAGGAGCUUCUUGAAAGCAUGCAGGCUUUCUUUGAAGAGGAGUCGGAUUUAGAAGGACUUCCUGCUGGUUCUCAUGUGCUGGACGGAGGCCGUUUGGACUUUGCUUCAAUGUUUGACACUCUCCAUGCUAUGGACAGUCACAGUGAAUUUGUUGUUGAUACAAACCAUAAGAGCGGACAAACAGAGAAGAAGAAUCCUCUUUACCUUGAGCUGGGGAAGAUUCAGAGGAAGCUGCUCACUGCUUGGGCUUUUGCCAUGUCAGUAGGAGAUGCAGUUGAACACAGAGUUCAUCUUCUGAAGCAUACGCUUUGCUGUGUGGUUUGGUUUGCCGCUUUACUCCAUUUGGUCCCCCCAAGAGGAAAGAAUACCUCUGUUUUUGCACGCUUGCUUCACCUCAUAAAAUCUCUCCUGUCUUUCCUUUCUUGGGACAGCCCUUCCUCAGAUGGCCAACACUGUUUGGGGCUGAUGGUGGAGUUUAGUGAAUGGAUAGUGCGCCUUCUGCUGACCCCUCAGCCUGACAUCCACCUGACUGGGCAUUGCCUUGUGUCAUCUCAGAGUUUGUCCAGAAUACUGCAAAUCUUGCUUUUGGUCUCAGAUUCUCUUGACUGCACUUAUAGCUUAGAGCAGAAAACCGAUUGGUCUUCGGAGGAGGAGUUUUCAUCUUCUCAGCCGCAUCUCUGGCCUUCAGAUGUUCACGAUGUACCUCUGCUGCAGGAUGUGAAUAAAGACGGAUCCGGUUUUGAACAUCAGGCGUUACCUUUUCCUCAGCGACCUUCGAGCAGAUUGGUGGGAGUGUGGCAGCUAGUGUACGAUAUAACUCAGCAGUAUACAGAGGAACUGAAAAGGUUUAAAGGCUUUGAUGGCUUGGAGGAAGAGGAGCAAAGACUAUCUGUGAUCACAUCCCAGAUCCAGACAACUCUGCAGGCAACAGGAGAAAAUCUAGAAGAGGGCCAUUCCCUACUGAGUUACCAAGGUGAGCACCUUUUCCUCUGUGGCUUGUUCUCACUAAGUACACAGAUGUUACGAACACAAAUCUGUCAAGAGGCCAGCAAAGGUGGUAACCGUAGUGUCUUCCAGGAGACGCGCCUUUGUUUGGCACUGCUGUAUAGUCUGUUAUCCCAGUACCAUCUGAGAGAAGCCCAGGAGUUUGGGGACCACAUGGCUCAACUGAUUCUGCUUAAAGCUGGAAACCAGACUGACAACUGGACUUGCAAUUCAGAUCCUCUUCCUUGCCCCUGGCUGCCGAUGGACCUUCCCAGUGAUGCUGUCCGUGCAGUAGUUCAGGCCCUCGGAAGAUUUAUGGCCUCUUACUUCACCAACCAGCCCCUCUUCAUUCUGCCUGCUCAUAAUGUGGCCGUCCUGCCUCCACUUCACCUGCCUCACGCCUCAAGUAUCGGCCGUUUGGUGCCUCUGUACCAGGAAGAAGUGGCUAAAGCAGUUCGACAGCAACACCUGUCGGAGGUAUGGACGGUGGACUACGCCCAUGACUUGCUGCUGUUGGGGGGUCUUCUGCCUGAGGCUGUGUGGUUGGCAUCUCAUCUGGGUGACUGGAAAACUGCAGUGACCCUAAGUCUGGCCUACACCAGUUACUGCACAAAACAUUUUGACUUUACUCAGCUCAGACGGAGAGAUUUUCUCCUGCCAACAGAGUUACAGCCAGAAAGCAUUUUUCAGGCUGAGCUGAGGAGUCUUCUUGGCAGCAAGACUGAUUCAUGGGAGUGGACUGAUAAAGAUGGGAAUGACUGCUUUACAGAUCCUUUAGAAGGAGAAGAUUGGGAGUUAUUACAGGCUUCUGUGCACGAGAUUCUGAAAGCUUCAACCAUGGCAGGAGUGAAUGUCAUGUCGUUUCCUUUGUCAACCUUCCUGGACAAAGCUAAAUACAUGUGCUCUUCAAUGCCUACGUUGGUACCCACUGAAGUGUACCUACCUUCUCCACCUCUGUAUUGCCCACAGCCCUCUCCAAACACACAGGACCAAAUGGGUGAAACAGAGGAGUUUGCUGAAGUUGUUUGUCGUCACAAAGUUUCCAGAGUUCUCCAGAGAUUACUCCUACUUCUGAGUUCUGCACAUUGUAGCCGUCCGGCUGCACAGUGGUACAUCAGUCGUCUGCGGCGAGCUAGACACAUCCUACACAAGAUCCAGAACAAGUAUUCCUAUCCAUCAGCUGCUCAGGAGGAAAAUACUUUUCCUGAGGGACUGAUGAAGAUGAUCAGCCGUUCUGGAUACUUUAGACGGGACCCUAAAAAAGACGGUCACCUGGACCCUGAUACCAUCCAAACCAUCAUUUGUUUCAGAGAGCUAUGUGCUUUAUGCUGGAUGCUUCAUGUCAGGGAUCAGCUGUCCCUUCACUGCAGGAAGUAUCAAGCUGCUAGACAAUGUGGCGGAGAGGAAGCGAUCCCUGAGGAUUCACAAGUAAAUUCAUUCAUAGUUGAUGCUCUUCACUGGGCUUGUCGUCUUUUGCCUUUCACUCACUUCCUCGGUGGUGAGGAGGUCCUUCAGGACAUAAUGCUCAGUCUUCUGUCGGAAUUACCUCCAGUGUCCUUGGUGGCGGACACGCUGGUUCGGGCCUUUCCGCAGGAGGAAGAGUCGGUCAGAGUGUCUUUAAGAGAGAAGUAUAACUUGCUGCUACAGAGACUGGGCCAGUGCAACCUUCUCGAAGGGGCAGAAGACGGGAACGAGUCAAUGAUGAUUUUUAUUCAAGACAGAAAAAGACACAGGAGGAAACAUUUGGCGCGACUUCAGAGGCACUUGGCCCCACCUGUGCUCCAUCUAUGGGAGAAAGCAGAUGAACAAGAGGGCAGAGGGGGAAGAAAUGACAUGGCCACAUUAGGGCAACUGUCCCUCGGUACAACUGUGAGCACCAGCACCUUAACUGAUGGUGCAUUCCAGCCAGUGUGCAGCGAUGCCGACACAGCAGUGAAUACACCUGAGAACAUCUCACCUAAACUGCACCAUGCUGCCAUGAGCAGGAGCAAGGAAGCACACAAAGAUGACAAGAGGAUGGCAUCUAAGAUGGCAAGUGUCCUUAAAGAGAACACCCUCAUAUGCGGAGAGAGGGAGAUGGAGCAGCUUUCUCUGCCAGAGGUUGGCUCAUGGGAGUUUGAGCUGGAAGACGAGGAGUAUCUACAUUUCCUGGAGCUAUUCCUUAGCUAUGUGCUAGAGAAAGAUACUAUGGAUUGUGGCGAUGAGCUACCUUUGCUGAGAGGCUUUUGCUUUCAGCUAAGGGAGAAGGAGUUGCAUUCUCUAACAUUUGAUGUAGUCUCUACUAUACAUCGUCGUCAAAGAGGUGUGCACAUUCUAGAGAGGAAACACUCAGGGAAGCCCCCAUCAGUGUUCAGAGCAGGCUCUUGUUACAAACCUAUAACACAAGACCCCACGCCUGAACUGCAGACUUCAUCGGUUUGGAGUGAAGAUCCUAUUUCCAGGGCCAGCAAUUCUGUCAGGUUUCAUCCUGGGCGGAGAACUGAGAAGCAGAAAGGUUUGUUCGGCCUCUGGCAUCAAAGCAGCAUCUCUCCAGCAGGAGUAAAGGAAGCCAAUCUUGGUUCUGAAACCAGCUUUGUCCAGAAUGCCUUUACCACAGAACACCCCUCAGAGAGGCUUAUACCUGACUUCUCAUCGUGUGUUAGAGCAGUGACUGACUUACAGCAGGGCCUGGAUCCUGAGCUAGAGGCCCGGUUUCCAGAGCUGGGCAGGCUGCUGGAGUGGAUGGUGCGCUGGGCUGAUAGACGGAUACUGUUAGGGCAUCAUGGUAAAAAGAAGAAAGGCAAAGCCGGUGAACCGGAUGAAGGAGUUGUGAUCCGAGUGACAACCACAGCACCUGCUAUACUCACCUCUUUAGGUUUGUUGGGGUACAGAUACGCUGCUCAACCCCAAACUGACCACUACACUUCCUACAACCAGGUUCCUGAAAUGCAGUGGACUGUUGCCCCUGUGCUGUAUUCGGAUGUGGAAGGAAAGACGGAGAAAGAGAGCAGUGUUGAUACUGGCUACCCUGGAUCCGCCAACACUCCCAUCACUGGUCCUGAUCAUAAUGUGCAAAAUGCAGAAACAUCUCUCAGUUCUGUCACAGAUGAACGAAAGGAGCAGACAUUUCCUCCUCCAGAGGAUCAGGUUCAGCUCAGUUUUGAUUCUCAUCAGAGACAUCCAGGUUCCCCACAGCAGAUGUUUAAUGACUUUGAUGGUACACCUGAAAAAGAAGACAGAAGCGGGAACUGUGAGGACGUUGAUGUGUUACAGUCUGAUUCCAGUGAGGAUACCUCUAAAGACGUCUGCACACCUGAAACGAGUUUAAAGCUAGAAGACCUAGAUUACUCAGAGAAAGAUUCAGUGUCCAGUUCCUCGUCUCAUAUUGCUCCAGUUAAUAUAAAACCUCCUGCUCCUCCAACUGUUCACACUAAACCUCCUCGUCAUGCAGAAUCUUCUGAUUUGGGUGGUGUGGCGCUCCCCAACCCCGAUGCUGAUCAAACUCGUCUCCAGCCACAGAUAUCCACAGCUGGUGUGCCCCCUGCUGAUUCUGCAACUUCUACUCAGCCUUUGAUAACUUUCCCAAUGAGACAGCGUCUUGGGGAAGACUUAUUCAGAUUAGUUCAGCACAUCAACUAUAUGAGUCUGAGCGAGGUUUUAGGAGCUACGUUUUCCAGUCUUCAGCUGGCGCAGCAGAGCUCCGCCUCUGGCAUGGACUCCUCACAGCCUAAUAUGCAUUUAUCCUCUACUUCCCAAAUAAUCCCUGAGCCAAAUGCUUUUCCAGUUCAAACCACUACCUAUGCUGUGCCUCAAACACAGGCCUGUGUGCCAAAAUCCAAAUCCGGUGACCCCCAGUUGAAUCAGACUGAGUCAUGUCAUUUUGCAGCCCAGCCUGUCAUGCAGGGAACAGGAGCCACUCUGCAUCAUAGUGAGAUGCAGCCACUCUCUGUCCAAGCAGAGUCACCUGAAAUUCAGCGAAGGGAAAAGAAGAGACUGAUCCCAUCUUCACAUGGCCUCCUGGCCACUACUGAUAGCAGUCAACACUUGCCUUCUGAAAACAUGCCACAGACUGCCUCUGCUCCACAGAUGUUGGGUCUGAAGUUACUCAAACUUCAUCACUCUGCUACUUCACAGCACAUUCCCCCACACUAUGCUACACAACACUCACAGACUCUUCACACUGCAAACCUUGAACCUCCUGAGUCCAGUCAACCUCAGGGUACAUACGAUGAUCAAUCCACUUGGAAGAAGAAAGGUGGACAGGAAAGAAAUGGGUUUUCUGUUCAAACUAAGCAUCUCAUUUUUAACUCUGAGCACAAUCUACCUCCCAAGAGCUCUCACCCACCAAUAUGGCCGUCUGCAGAGCCCGUCGGACAAGCGUUCCCUCUACUUCUUCCUGCUUUGCCGUCUUCCAUAUCUGCACCAAUGCACGGUCUUCGCCUGCUGCAGUUGCAGGACGUUCCACGUAGCAGCAUUACCUUCCCCAAACUAACUACAGCAUCUGCACCAAGACCUGCUGUUAUUUCAGCUGGAAUGACAGAAGCGUCUAUAAUUAGGCUGUUACACAUUGAGCCUGGACCCAAAAUGAUGGUACCCCAGGAAAUCCCUUCAAACUCAAUGGGUCGUCUUAUUGGUGAGUUCAGUAGUGGCGAAAUCUUGCGGCAGGGUGCUGAUGUGGCUCAGCUGCAGUUACCUAGACGAGAUCGAUCUGAUGAAAAGCUAACUAGUUCCCCCAGCUUGAGUUCAAGUAAAAGGCAGAGGAGGAGAGAAGAGAAGGCAAAGGGAAGGAAAACAGAAGUCUCAUUUCAUCUGUAUGAGUCCAUCGUCCCAACAAAAGAGGCAGCAGCACACGUACCUGAAAGUGAAGAAGCUGCAGAAAUCAAACCUGCACAGGAUAUGACAGGAUCUUCCGACCAUUUGCUGACUGGUAAGAGAUUAUUGGACAAGGCCUUCUCCACUUCCGCUGAGCUUCAUGCCUUCGCUUCUAUUAGUAAACGUCCCCUGGAGCGUCACGAUGCUUUCACCAACACAGAGCCAGCUCUUACUUCCACACUUGAGAACAAAUCUGUUUCUGUCCAGGCCUCUGUAAUGACUAGCAGCCCAAAAAUGCUAAGUCCAAAGAAUUUCACAGAAGAACCAGUUCGAGACGCCGUGGAGGACCAGCGGGAAUCAGAGAGGUUUCUGGAUUUUGCUGGCCGCCAGUUUAUAAGUGUCUUAGAUCUGGAAGAUGUGAGGCAGCAUGAAGAUUUGCUGCCAGGUCCCAGCUCUGCAGCACGAGAUGUUCCUUCUUCACCGACUUCUGCUCAGCUUCAUGUUCUUGCCACCUCUGUCAUCAGCUCUGCUGCUGCGGCUGAGCCACAAUCCUCAGCUCCAGUUCCAAACGACCUGUUGAAACCCAGAACCACCACAGAAGUCCCCGAGGCGUCUCCUUCAUUCAGUCACUCCGAGUCCAGUGGAGCUGCAGAGAGAAUCGCCUUACAAGAUGAUGCCAUGGUAGAUUCAGCUGAAUCUGAAAUCUGUCGAGCCACAAAGGCUCAGAGGCUUGUCCCUGACAGAGCCCCUUCCUCACCUUCCUCGGUCUGGUUCUACUCUCGCCUGUCAGAGCUCGACUCUCAGUUGGCUGCUUUGCAGAAUAUAGCAGAUCAUCUUGAGAUGGACUUUUCAAAUUCAAGAAUGUUGGUAAAUACAAUUGAAAAGCUCUCCUCAGACAGGGAGUCUGAUGCAAAGGUCACCACAGGAGUAAAGAAAAGUGUCAGACUCUCUGCUCCACUCAAAGCAGCAUGGACAUCGAGACCUGAUCCAGACCUCUUACCAGCAUUGAAGGAAUGUGACGAGAACAAGGAAGAGCAGGAAGAGGAACAUGUGCUUCACGACGACUCUGGCAGGCCUGCAACAAAGCCGUCUCUUCAUCGUUCAGCCUCUUUCUGUCAGAGUGGUGGCUCUUCCUAUCUUCACAUUGAUCCAGGGAUAAAAGAGCACUUCGUUGAAACCUGCAACAUAUCUCAUGAAUGGGCAGAUAGGAAUCUGGGUCAGACUGAGUUAUCCGAUACUGUGGAAAUCUUAGAUGAGCUGGUAAAGGAAGGCUACCUAUCUCCCUCUGACUGGGAUUUGGAUCCCUCUCAGACUGCACGCCAAAGCAGGAGGCAGGAACAUCCACAGCACAGCUGGACAUCACAGAAAGGUACUAUUCUUGAGGAGGAGAGGAAAGACCUGAGGAUUUGGAUGAGACGGAAACAAAGGGAAAGACUGGCUGCUUAUCAGAAACACAGACAGACCCUGAGGGAGAGGGAAAAUAAGCCGUUCUCUACCUCUUCAACAGGGCGAUCUCCAAACAGAAGACAAGCAAGCAGUGGGAGAAACAGAGAGGAAACAGAAAAGUCCAUGCUUCUGAAGCAUUACUAUCAGAGAACACAAGAGGCUUUUUCUUUGGCCAAUGACGUCCCCGCUUCUCCUGUAACCACACCCAGUUCCUCCCAGACUUACGGUCCUCCAGGUCUCUCUAGCACCUGGUCCAUUUCGGCUCCACCUCCUGGAAACCCUCUGAGGCCUCUCAUCGUAUCAGCCAAUGAUAAAAAAAGUCCUAAGUUUCAGUCAGAAGGUACCCCUCCUUGCCUGCGUUAUUCUGUUGAGAGGGGACCUUCAGAGGAUCUUCGCAGAAGACUGGGACUUCAUCGACCAGUAACCUUUUUGCCAGGGGAUCGACUGUCUCAGGUAACAAGGCGUGGUAUGCUAAGCAACACCAAGGGGAGCCAAUCCAAGCUUAAUGCAGCCAGCCAGAGUCAGGCCCAGCAUGUUGGAGUCCAAACAAAAACUGGGUUCAACAGUAGUUUUUCCAGUAGAGCUGCUUUACAAAGAGGGAACCUGAGGGAACAAAAACAAGUUAAAAAGCCUGAAGUGGUGAAACGUUCAGAAUUGACCAGGCUGGAGGCUGAGGAGGAUUCUACCUUGGUUUUGGGUGGGAUUUUAGAAGGACAGGAUGGUGCUGUCACAGGUGGAGUUUCAGAGAUGUACUGGCUGGAUGAUCUCUCUGACAGCGCAGGCAGCAGCCUAAGCAGAAUAGACUGGGCUGCCAUCGAAAAGAUGGUGGCUGUUGAAGAAGAUUAAUGUUAAUAACAAAUCUGUACAGUAAUAUAUUUUGUGUAGUACCAGAAGUGCCUAUUGGAUACACUAUAUAAUCAGAAGUAUAAAAUUGUAAAUAAAAAAAAACUAUUUCCAUCAGAAGUUAUAUAUUGAAUAUAUCUGUUGGUCUUAUUUAUAUUUGUAAUGUCUUCAGGAGUUAUCCUUAUAUUUCUAUAUUUUUGCUUCCUUAACUGUUUUUAAAAUGUUUUUAAAAGCUUCUUGUAUUUUUCUUUUUAAAUCUGUUUAAUUAAAAUACUUCAUAAUGAUAA